AUGGCUCCUCUAUAUCGUGUCCUGGACUAUGGGCUGUCGGAGACAUCGAGCAAUGAGGAGAACCUCUUGGCCCUGCUUGGAGGACAGGCCUACUCCCAAGAAAAGGAGGCUGGACAGAAGGCAGUUCAUUCAAGGGCGCCCACCCGCGAUGUCCUGCUGGUCUCUGCCAUCAUCACCGUCAGCCUUAGCGUCACUGUCGUCCUCUGCGGCCUCUGCUACUGGUGUCAGCGCAAACUGGGCAAACGCUACAAGAACUCCUUGGAGACGGUGGGCACGCCAGACUCAGGGCGCGGGCGCAGCGAGAAGAAGGCCAUCAAUGAUCUAGACAGAGACUUUUGGAAUAACAAUGAGAGCACAGUGCAGCAGAAAUGGAGCUCCUACCCUCCCAAGGAGUUUAUUCUAAACAUUUCACCCUACGCCCCUUAUGGCGACCCACGACUGUCCCUCAAUGGCACCCUCCUGGCUGGCGCCAAAGUGGCUGCCGCUGCGGGGCUGGCAGUGGAGCGGGAAGGCCGGCUGGGGGAGAAGCUGGCGCCGGUGCCGCCACCCGGAGAGGACGCCUUGAGAAGCGGCGGCGCUGCCCCCAGCGAGCCGGGCAGCGGUGGCAAGGCGGGGAGAGGCCGCUGGCGGAUGGUGCAGAGCCACCUGGCCGCCGGGAAGCUCAACUUGUCCAAUUUCGAGGACUCCACCCUGUCCACGACCACUACCCUUGAGUCUAUCCCCAGCUCCACGGGAGAGCCGAAAUGCCAGCGACCCUGCACUCUGAUGCGGCAGCAGAGCCUGCAGCAGCCGCUAAGCCAGCACCAGCGGGGCCGGCAGACCAGCCAGCCCACCACCAGCCAGAGCCUGGGCCAGCUGCAGGCCCACGCGGCCUCCGUGCCGGGCGCCAACUCUCGGGCCUACGGCCGGGGCCAGGCUCGGCAGGGCUCCUCGGCCGGCUCCAAGUACCGGCCGGCCGGCGGCCGCAGCCGCUCCAACCCAGGCAGCUGGGACCACGUGGUGGGGCAGAUUCGAAACCGAGGCUUGGACAUGAAAUCCUUCCUGGAAGGCCGGAUGGUGGUGCUAUCCUUGGUCUUAGGGCUUUCGGAACAGGAUGACUUUGCCAAUAUCCCUGACCUGCAAAACCCAGGAACCCAGCAGAACCAGAACGCUCAGGGGGACAAGAGGUUGCCUACGGGAGGGAAGGCAGUGAACACAGCCGCAGUGCCGGGCCAGACGCCCCACGAUGAAUCCGACCGCCGGACCGAGCCUCACUCCUCCGUCUCAGAUCUCGUCAACUCCCUCACCAGUGAGAUGCUCAUGCUCUCCCCAGGCUCUGAGGAGGACGAGGUCCACGAGGGCUGCAGCCGAGAGAACCUGGGCCGGAUCCAGUUCAGCGUCGGCUACAACUUCCAGGAGUCCACGCUCACCGUGAAGAUCAUGAAGGCCCAGGAGCUGCCAGCCAAGGACUUCAGCGGCACCAGCGACCCCUUCGUCAAGAUCUACCUGCUGCCAGACAAGAAGCACAAGCUAGAGACCAAGGUGAAGCGGAAGAACCUGAACCCCCACUGGAAUGAGACCUUCCUCUUUGAAGGUUUCCCCUACGAGAAGGUGGUGCAGAGAGUCCUCUACCUCCAGGUCCUGGACUACGACCGCUUCAGCCGCAAUGACCCCAUCGGGGAGGUGUCCAUCCCCCUCAACAAGGUGGACCUGACCCAGAUGCAGACCUUCUGGAAGGAUCUGAAGCCAUGCAGCGAUGGGAGUGGGAGCCGAGGGGAGCUGCUCCUAUCUCUCUGCUACAACCCUUCUGCCAACUCCAUCAUCGUGAACAUCAUCAAAGCCCGGAACCUCAAAGCCAUGGACAUCGGGGGCACGUCAGACCCUUAUGUGAAGGUGUGGCUAAUGUACAAGGACAAGCGGGUGGAGAAGAAGAAGACGGUGACAAUGAAGAGGAACCUGAACCCCAUCUUCAACGAGUCCUUUGCCUUCGACAUCCCUACGGAGAAGCUGAGGGAGACGACCAUCAUCAUCACCGUCAUGGACAAGGACAAGCUCAGCCGCAACGACGUCAUUGGCAAGAUCUACCUGUCCUGGAAGAGUGGGCCCGGGGAGGUGAAACACUGGAAGGACAUGAUUGCCCGUCCCCGGCAGCCUGUGGCUCAGUGGCACCAGCUGAAGGCCUGA